CCUUCAGCACCGCGGACCUUUGCCCUCCGAUGAAACCUCCCGGCCCCCGCCCCAGGACCGUCUUUUCUCCAGUUUGAGCGGGGGUGUCGGGAGCAGGCGGAGAGCUUUCCUGGGAGGCUGGGGAAGCAAUGAACACUCUUCUCAGCGACUCGCCUCCCAGCAGUGCUAUUUUUUGCCAUCCGCCCUCACCCCCAGCACACGCGCUCGCACACACACGCACGCACGCACACACACACACACAUAGACCUCUCUGGAUUUCUUUGCCUUGAGUCUCCCGGGGCUGUGAGGAACCAGGCGCAUCUCAAACCGAGCUAGCAGCUCCAGGCUUCAGAGCCAUGCCCUGCACGGACCCUCAUCCUUACCAAGCUCCCGAGGAAUGAAAGGAACCCAGGGACCCUCAGAAGGCGGCAGUUAUGUGGACCAACCCCCUGGAGCCUGCACCCUUCGGAGGGCCAUAGGCGACCCAGGAAACUGGAGAGAGCUCCAGACAGGAAACCCCAGCUUUCCCAAAGUCCCUGUGGAUGCUGACAAAAGAAGAUUUGAAUUUUUGGAAGAGCUUGUUCUAGGUUACCCAGCUGCAGAGUGAUUUUUCCCCUCUGGCAUUGAACCUCCCUCUCCAAUCCCCAGCCGUCCAGAGUACCAUGAAGAAUUAUGAGGAUGUGUGACAGAGGAAUCCAGAUGUUGAUCACCACUGUGGGAGCCUUCGCAGCUUUUAGUUUAAUGACCAUUGCAGUGGGCACGGACUACUGGUUAUAUUCCAGAGGUGUGUGCAGGACUAAAUCUACAAGUGAUAAUGAAACCAGCAGGAAGAAUGAAGAAGUAAUGACCCAUUCGGGGCUGUGGAGGACCUGCUGCCUAGAAGGGGCUUUCCGAGGUGUGUGCAAGAAAAUCGAUCACUUCCCUGAAGAUGCUGACUAUGAACAAGAUACGGCUGAGUAUCUCCUGCGGGCUGUGAGGGCCUCCAGCGUCUUCCCCAUCCUCAGCGUCACACUGCUCUUUUUCGGCGGGCUCUGCGUGGCGGCCAGCGAGUUCCACCGCAGCAGACACAAUGUUAUCCUCAGCGCCGGCAUCUUUUUUGUCUCUGCAGGGUUAAGCAACAUCAUUGGCAUCAUAGUUUAUAUAUCAGCCAAUGCUGGAGACCCUGGGCAGCGCGACUCCAAAAAGAGCUACUCCUACGGCUGGUCCUUUUAUUUUGGAGCCUUCUCUUUUAUCAUCGCGGAAAUUGUAGGAGUAGUCGCCGUGCACAUCUACAUAGAAAAACAUCAGCAGUUGCGUGCCAAAUCCCACUCGGAGCUCCUGAAGAAAUCUACCUUUGCUCGCCUUCCACCCUACAGGUAUAGAUUCCGGAGGCGGUCAAGUUCCCGCUCCACAGAGCCCAGAUCCCGAGACCUGUCCCCCAUCAGCAAAGGCUUCCACACCAUCCCGUCCACUGACAUCUCCAUGUUCACCCUCUCCCGGGACCCCUCAAAGAUCACCAUGGGGACCCUCCUCAACUCCGACCGGGACCACGCUUUUCUACAGUUCCACAAUUCCACGCCCAAAGAGUUCAAAGAGUCGUUGCAUAAUAAUCCGGCCAACAGGCGCACCACGCCCGUCUGAACUGACCUCUGCCCUCUGCCCUCUGCCCUCGGCCCCAGCACAGCCUCGGGGGAUGUGGACAGAGGCGUCUCUGAGGUUGCAUGGCAUGGUCCUCGUGAUGGUAUUACUUUUUACAAAGAAUGAAACCAAAUGGACUCAGUCCUCUCCCAAACUUGGCCCCUCGCCCUCCGUCCGAACCCCUCCAUCCUUCCCCAACUUUUCAAGCCAAUCCCAUGACGUCAUUUAUUUCUCUGUGUAUCUGUGCCAGAUGUUUUCCUUUCUUCCUUCUUUACUGGAAGGACCUCCACAUUCUUCCCUCCUUGGAAGAGGACUUAAAAGGUGGCUGGUGGGGGAUCCCUGAAUCCCCAGGUGUGUGCACAGCUGUUCCCAUUGUCCAUUCAUACAAAGCCUCGGGACACCCACCGCCCAGGCAGCCCUGAGGGAGGCAUUCACCUUUCCGUGUUAGAACAACAUGACCAGAAAUCAAAGAUGUCAGAGCCCCGAAGCAGCUAAUGUAAUAAGCACUCAUGUAUUAAAGGUUUUGCCUUGUCGUAACCAAA